AAGUGCCAAGUGCCAGUAGCGCGCCGGCUGUGUUCGCGACUGUACGCGCUCCUCGCACCCAUAUCGAUCGAAACAAUGUUUUUUUAAUAAAAGUGUAGUAGCAAAGAACAGUAUUUUGAAGUUUUAUAGUGCAAAAAAAAUAGUAAAAUGAGGGAUACGAAUAAAAGCGAUGGCGCUCACGAGUCGAUGCUGGGGGACGCGCGGAUCCCUCAGAUCACGAAGAACAACCUCAAGGACGAGGAGUACGAGGCCCUGCAGAGCUUCCUCCGCAGCAUCAGCUCCACCGCCACCCUGCCGCCCUACGUCAAGGGCGAGACCUACUCGUCCGUCCGCGGUGUACUCAACCAGUGCCUCAUCACGUGCGCGGUGCUGAUCCUGGCGGCGGGUGCGGGACACCCCAUCGGCUUCUCCGCCGUCGCCCUCCCCCAGCUCAGAGAGGAGAACUCCACGCUGCGGAUAGAUGAUGACAUGGGCUCGUGGAUAGCCAGCAUCCACUCCGCGGCAACGCCGCUCGGCUCAAUGCUGUCCGGUCCUGUCAUGGAGGCGAUAGGCCGGAAGCGGACCCUGCAGGCCUCCACCCUCCCGCUGGUGCUGGGCUGGAUCAUCAUAGGCACGGCCACACACCACAUUCUGAUACUCCUGGGCAGAGUGGUGUGCGGGUUCGCUGUGGGCAUCCUCGCCGCGCCGUCACAGGUAUACCUCGGCGAAAUAUCAGAGCCGAGAUUACGAGGUCUUCUCAUUGGAACACCCUUCGUGGCAUACUCGCUCGGGGUGCUCUACGUGUAUGCGCUCGGCGGAGCCAUGUCCUGGCGGUCCGUGGCGCAUCUCUCCAUAGUGCUCCCGUGCCUGGCAUUCGCGGCCUUAUGCUUCUCCCCCGAAAGCCCAACUUGGCUUGCGAGGCGCGGCCGCUUUCAUGAUGCUAUGGCAGCUAUGGCGAGACUCCGAGGCGACCCAGAUACCGCCCAGCGUGAACUCCACGAGCUGAUCUCCGCCCGGGAGAAGGAGAAGGCGCGGGGAGAGGAAAGAGUACGGUUCCUGGCGACGGUGCUGCGGCCCCCUGUCCUCAAGCCGCUGCUCCUCAUCAACGCCUUCAACAUGCUCCAGAUCCUAUCGGGCAGCUACGUGGUCAUAUUCUACGCGGUGGAUAUCGUGGACGAAGCGGGAGGGUCGAUGCAGCCGCACUUGGCAGCCAAUGCGAGCGCGAUCGUUCGCCUGGCGGUGACAGUACUAGCCUGCAUCCUGCUGCUGAAGGUGACGCGACGAGCCCUCGUCCUAGUAUCAGGGCUGGGCACCGCCGCCUGCACGCUCGGCCUGGCCUACCUCCUGUACUGGGGUAAAGGCACAGGCAUCAUGCCGCCCCUCCUCAUUUUAGGCUACGUCGCCUUCAACACCCUGGGCUUCUUCCUCCUCCCUGGGCUCAUGAUCGGGGAGCUCCUACCCACGAAAGUCCGCGGGCUUUGCGGCGGCUACAUAUUCUGUCUGUUUAACGCUGUGCUGUUCGGUUUUACUAAGCUCUUCCCCGUCAUGAAGACUGAGAUGGGAAUGUCGGGGGUGUUCGGAGUAUUCGGUGCCUCCGCAGCGCUAGCAACGGUUAUUCUUUUCCUCCUUCUCCCGGAGACGAAGGGCAAAUCCUUGAUACAGAUAGAGCAGUACUACCAGAAACCGAAUGUACUGUGGGUGACGCGGAAAAAAGGGGAGGGGCAAAAUGUUUGAA